AAGGGCUCGGGUCGGUUUCUCACUUCCGGCCUGGGCGGAAGUGCGUCGUUCGAUCUCGCUGUUGCUGUUGCCGUUGCCUGCUUGUCUCUGUGCGCGGCGGUCGCCAUCAUGAGUAAAAAGACGCAGGUCUCGUACGUGCGGCCGGCCGAGCCCGCCUUCCUGAGCCGCCUCAAGAGGGAGGUCGGGUAUCGGGAGGGGCCCACGGUGGAGACCAAGAGAGAACAGCUCCCAGCUCCUGAGGAAGAUGAUGAGAGUGGCAGUGACAAAGAUGAUGAACAACCACAAGUAGUAGUACUGAAAAAAGGGGAUCUGACUCCGGAAGAAGUGAUGAAAAUUAAGCAGGAGAUCAAAAAUGAGUCAAAAUCAGAUGAAGAACCAGAGCCUGCUGAUGGAAAAAUUGUGUUCAGGAAGCCAAGUAAGCGUUCAUCAGAAGGGAAAUUUUCAGGCCUGACUGCAAGUUCAAGUAAGAAGAAAAAGGAAUCAAAGAAAAUUAAGGAGGAUUCAACAUCCCCUCUGAAUGCAGCUAAACAAAUUAAAAAUAGCAGUCUUCUCUCAUUUGAUGAUGAAGAAAAUGAUGAUUAGGAGUUGUGCAUGUUUGUUUUUGCAUAAUUUCCAUUACAAACAUUAGAGCAAAUAUGAGGUGCCUCUUUUAAGUGGAGACUUAGGGCCUGAUUCUCCUUUUACUCGGGUAAAUCCACUGAUGUCAGAGGAAGACAGUAUAACUCUCGUGUGAGGUGAGAGUCAAGCCCUAAUUUUUCAGUUCAUAUGGUUCUGCAUGCACAGUAUCUUUGGACUGUAUUUUUAAAAGAGAACUUAAAUGUGUGCGCAAAAUAAAAUCCAUAAAAUGGCUGUUUAAGAUCCCAGAUCAUUAGCAAAAUACUUGUGUAGAUAUAAAACUUAUGAAUAUAUUAGCAAAAUUAAUAUUUCUCCCAUUUUAUUUACUCUUCUCCCCAUUUACUUAGAGUUCAUAAGUGUGUAUUUUUUGUCCUGUUAAAAUUGACUUAACUAAUAAUCAAAAUAGUAUAUAUACUUGUGGGCUAAAAUCUUUAACUCUUACUCAGAUAUAACUUGUAAGUCUCCCCCUUCCCUCCAAACAUAUGGGCUGAAUUAUUGGGUCUGUGUCUUGUAGUCCUUAGCUGUAUGACUCAGCACCUAGUAAAGCCAUGAGAAUUUUGAUUUCUGCCCUUAGUGGAUGCAGAUGAAGUCUGUAAGCACUCACUUCAGUGGAACUGCUCUGUGAGUAAAGGUUACAGGAUUGGAUCCUCAGUGAUUGCAUCAGCUCUUGCACAGCAAAGAAAUCUCUGAACUGUGAAUUUGGAGAUUAUGUAAGGAAAGCCAUUUAGCCCAUUAUCAUAGCACCUAAAAUUGACUGUAUGCAUAACUGGAGAGAAGUAUAUGUAUUUGUAACUAUGUUUGUGUAUUUGUGGUUAUUUGGGAUCUCAGACACCUUACUGUAAAAUUUCAUUUCACUUGUAGCUAUAUAAAAUUGUUUUAGAGUGGAAACAUUGUAAGCAGGAACUGUUGGGGAACACUGCAGGUUAAUACAAGAUACAAAAUAAAUCAGGAAGUUGGGUAGCUGUGACAGUAUCAAAUUUGUGAACUCUUCUACUGUCACAUACAGCUGAUGAAAGUGACCAUUAAAUGGUUUACACAAAGAUUCCAGAUAACAUUAAGAGCUGAUGUGGUUUCCAACAACAACAAAAAAAUCCUGUUGAUGUAGUGUGUCCUUUGAAACUGUUUGGAUGUACCGUAAAAUCUCGAGUAUAAUGUGCACCUACGUAUAGUGCGCACCCUGAGUUUAUACUCUUAAAAUCAUGAAAAACCCAAACUCCUAGGUAUAAUGCGCACCCAUUAUACAGGAGAAUGGGAGGGAAGGAACCGGAAGGAAA